CAUUGCGUACCCCCGGGCCUCCCUCCGGCCCUUCUCUCCAGAGUUCCUUCCUUCUCCAGCGCCCCCUGCUCUUUCCCUACCUUAAUCCGUGCCCCACUUCCGUCCACGCCGCUUCCUUCCGCCAAGAGCUCCGCCAAGGUCAUCGUCACCCGAGGACCACCACCCAACCGGACCGUCUUUGCUCUCAGUCUCUCAUUUUUUUCCUGCCUUUUCCAAUUCCAAACCAAACUUCUCAGGAAACUGGAACGGUCUCCAAAAGCCAAGAAGCUCACCACCCGCCAAGUUCAGCCAAGUCAAGCUUCCAUGUCUACCGCCUUGGUACAACCACCAACGCCCAAUCACACACUUUCAGUCGGCACAAUGACCGAAUGCCUUUUUUCUUUUGCAAGCUCUCGUGCCAAUGUUCCCUUCACGACAACGCCCCUCUACGAAGGGGAAGGGGGGCGUGUUAUCAUAUGCCCAGACCUUGGCAUCUUUCCCAGGCACAAGCUUCCAAACUUUUCGAAACCCUGCGCAUUUCUAAGUCUACCAGUCUCCCGGCUGUCAGUCUAUAAAGGUAGCCUUGUCCCCCCCUCCAACCUUUGUCAUCUCAAACUCUAG